AUGACAGGAAACAUACAACCAGCAUGUCAACGAUGCGAAAAAUUUGAGCCACCGAAUUGUUCGAUAUUUAUUGGUCGUGUAUGCUCAGAGCCUACAAUUAUCUAUGAAAAUUGUGAAGAAUGCCUUAAGGCAAAAAUAUGGUGUGGAAAUAAACAGCUGGCAAUACUUGGAACUAUUCUUGGAGCAUACGACUUGUAUUUUUUGGAUAGAUUGAAUCAAAAUUGGUGGUCACCGUCAGCGGAUGAAGGUCUACGAAUGGUCAUCCAUGCAAAUUGUACGGAACAGAAAGAAUGGCUUACAGCUGCUGAAUUACAAACUUAUGGAUUUCAAAAUGUUACAAUUGAAAGAUUAUAUUCAUGUCAUGCAUGUCCAGAAUUUAAAUCAUCAAAUUGUACAAAUCUCAACAAAAAUUUGCGAUGUGUUAAACCGAGGAUUUGGUAUCAUCAUGACAGUUAUUGUUUGCGUGCUGAAUUCGCUUGUAAUCGUAGCUUUCAUGCAUUGCAAGGACGAUUGAUUAAUAAAAUUGGAUUGGAUGAUGAUUACGCAGAUCCAAACGAAGAUGAUACAAAGCAUGAAACAUAUGGUGUAUAUCAAUUACAUAGAUUGAUUGAAACGGCUCAACAUUUUCCUAUACGUGGAUCUAAGCGUCUUAUGCGUAAAAGUUUACACUGUAUGACUGAUAAACGAUGGUACUACAGAUCUAGUUAUCCAGAUGUUAUCAUUCGAGUUGAUCAAAUUUUUUGUUUUUAA